AUGUUGUCGCGUUCAGUAUCACUUCUUCAACAAUUGACAACAACAAAUAAUUCCCGUCGGUAUUUAUCAUUGAAACAAUUAAAUCGUAUUAUUAAUCGAAAUCUUGCUUGGUUUGCUGGACAGUCAACUAAGAAAACAUUUGGUGGAAGAUUAAAACGACGUUUAAAAAAUUUCCUUAUUAUAACUGUUGUUGGUUUCGGUACAUAUUAUGGUGUUAGUAGCUAUCGUCGGUAUCGAUGGUUUAAUGAAAUCAGUGACUCUGAUAAGACUAUGGGUACGAAACCACGUGUUGUCGUCCUUGGAACAGGUUGGGGUGCUGUACCACUCUUGAAACAUAUCGAUACUGAAAAAUAUGAAGUUGUAUGUGUAUCACCCCGAAAUUAUUUUUUAAUGACACCAUUGUUACCAUCGGUUAGCGUUGGUACAGUUGAAACUCGAACUGUGAUUGAAUCGAUUCGUUCAUUGAUUGGACCACGAAUAAAAUAUGUUGAAGCACAUUGUGUUAGUGUUGAUCCAAAAGCAAAAGUUAUUUCGUGUAAUACCGAUGGAGAACAACCAAUAUCACGUGGUGAUGAUGUUAAAACUAUAUUAAUACCAUCAAGACGUGCCGGUGGUUCAUCAUCAAGAAUAAUUAAAGAUUCUACUCGGGUUCGACCAUCAUUUGAUAUGAAAUAUGAUAUACUUGUUGUAUCUGUUGGAUCAGAGAAUAAUACAUUUAAUACACCAGGUGUUGAAGAACAUGCACAUUUUCUCAAGGAAAUUCUCGAUGCUCGACGUAUACGUUCAGCAAUUAGUGAUGCUUUUGAAUCGGCUAUGACACCAACGCAAACACCAGCAGAAAGAAAACGUCUCUUACAUUUUGUUAUUGUUGGAGGUGGACCAACAGGUGUAGAAUUCGCUGCCGAAUUGGCGGAUCUAGUUCGUGAAGAUCUUCAAAUCUAUUUUCCACGUCUUGUUGCCAAUGACGUAAAAAUAACAUUGAUUGAAGCACUUGAUCAUAUUUUAUCAAUGAUGGACAAACAAAUCAGUGAUUAUACUGAAAGACAUUUUCAUCGUGAAAAUAUCGAUGUAUUAAUGAAUACAUUUGUUAAAGAAGUUAAACAACGUGAAGUUGUUGUUCAAUUGAAAGGUUCAGACGAAUUGAAAUCGAUUCCGUGCUCGGUUGUUGUUUGGGCAACGGGAAUUAAACCUCGAGCACUAACAAAUAAACUUCGCGAAAUAAUCGGUUUAGAUAUUCAAAGCAAUCGAAUGGGGCUUCUUACAGAUCAAUAUUUACGUGUAAAAGGCGUUGCUGAUGGUUCAAUAUUUGCUAUUGGUGAUUGUGCUACAAUUCAAAUACCGAAACUAGUUGAUCGCUUUCAACUGUUAUUCGAAGAAGCCGAUACUGAAUGUCGAGGCACACUUGAUCUUCAGCAAUUUCGAGCAUUAGUCGAAAGAAAAAUUGCAGAAUUUCCACAACUUGAAAUAAUUUCCAAGAGCAUCGAAAAAGCAUUUGAAGAAGCUGAUAAAGAUAAAUCUGCUACUUUAACACUUGCUGAACUUCAUUCAGCUCUUGAAAAGGCAGAUACAAAAAAUCGUGUGCUACCAGCAACAGCUCAAGUUGCAUCUCAGGAAGGUAGUUUUGUAGCUGAUUUGCUCAACCAAUUAAAUGAUAUACAGUCAAAUAAUUACGAACAGCAAAAUUUGAAACCAUUUCGAUAUAAACACAUGGGUUCGUUGGCAUACGUUGGUGGUGAUGAAGCAGUCGUUGAUUUUACUGGUUCAAAACCAAUACUUGAUAUGUUUAAUUUAAAACCGAUAUCAGGACGUAGUGCUGCUUAUUUAUGGAAAUCAUUUUAUCUCACUGAAAUGUUUACUGGCCGAACGAAAAUAUUACUUGCAUUCGAUUGGGUUCGUACUCAGUUUUUCGGACGAGAUAUUAGUCGAUAUUAA